ACUAUCUUUGAAAGGAAAACAAUGCUCCCUUUCAUCAAUCAAUCCUUUUAUAAACUGAAGCUAAAUGAACGACCGAAAUGACGUCCUGAAAGACGAAUGUGUGCGUGCGGGUGCGUGUCCGUUUGUCUCUAGUGCGUGAAAAGCUCUGAGAACUUAAGCUGCCAUGAAGACGGGAGCGUGAUAAUGACAACGGUCGGAAUGGGCACUAUCGGACCAUCAACGUACGCCGUGUUUUUGCUAUUUGUCGUCCUCUCGCUUUCCACCACAACAUCCAGUUUAGAAUUGGUAACAUGCACGGCGGCCCUUGGGAUGGAAUCAGGUGCAAUCAAAGAUUCGGCCGUUACAGCAAGCUCAGCGUACGAUGCUGGUAGUGUGGGACCUCAACACGGAAGAUUACGCAACGAUAAAAACGGCGGCGCAUGGUGUCCUCGUCAGAUGGUAUCGCGUGACGCCAAAGAAUAUUUAGAAAUUAAUUUGGAGGAGCUGCACGUGAUUAAUGGUGUGCGAACGCAGGGACGUUUCGGGAACGGGCAGGGUCAAGAGUAUGCCGAGGAGUACAUGGUGGAAUACUGGAGGCCGGGGUUCGCGAGCUGGUAUAGGUGGAAGAAUAGAUCGGGAAAGGAGUUGCUGCCCGGAAAUACAAACACGUUCACCGUAGUUGAUCAAAGAUUAGAUCCGCCUGUUGUUGCAACAAAAAUUCGAUUACUUCCAUAUAGCGAUCACGUUCGAACUGUCUGCAUGCGAGUCGAACUUGUCGGAUGUGUCUGGACCGAUGGCCUGUUGAGUUAUUCCGGACCGCAGGGGUUGCACAGAGGUCUCGAGCUAGACCUCUCUGAUAGGACAUACGAUGGACGGGAGGAAAAUGGAUAUUUAUUUCACGGUCUUGGACAGCUUGUCGACGGCCAAAAAGGACAAGAUAAUUUCCGUCUCGACCUUUCAGGGCACGGAAAAGGAUACGAAUGGGUAGGGUGGCGUAACGAUACACCCGGUUGGGCCGGUCAUCCAUUGGAAAUGUUAUUUGAGUUUGACAAAGUCAGAAACUUUUCAGCUGUGCAUCUACAUACAAAUAACCUAUUUACAAAAGAUGUGCAGCUGGAGUUGCGUCCUAUCGAUUGAAUUGCUACCCUUUCUAUAAUUCGGUUGAUGGGAUCAAUCGGCCUCUACACGCACGCACUUUUUUUACAAAUUUCCAGAAAAAAUUACGAUCCGUGUCUAGUGACAAAGGGUGACAUUAUUUGCAAUUCACGCAAAUAAUGUCGUAAGCAUCACAAUUAGUCUCUUUUGCCCUGACGGUUAGGCGUUCAAGCACUGACCACAUUUGUUUAGAAUUACAAUUUCGAUAAAUACGCUCACUUGAUUUUCACAUUUAACUGCCUGAUAUACUUGCGGGGAAAUUUAUGGUUAUUUCAUUUGGGAAUGGAAAAUCUGCCUUUUCAACCGAUGUAUGCGUUUAGAAAUAAACUGGAUUUAAUAACGUUUAAUGAGAUAUGUCGAAAGUUUUUGUAGUGCAUCUCUUACAAAACGUACUGUAGGUACCUUGUGCGUAACUAAGAUGUAUUCCUUCUUUCAAGUUCGACAUCUAUUGAUGAUAUACCUACAGCCAGAAAAGCGUGUCAGCGUUUCUCUUUUGAGGCCUUUAAAGUUUAAACUUUUUUAAAAAGGAAAUUCAAGCCAAUAUAGCACAAUUGAUUGACGGUUAUACCAAAGUUUGGUCCUAUUUGGAACAGAAAAAUGUAACAUUCCUUUAGUUGCUUUAGUGUCUGCUUAAUUAAAUUAGUACAACCAACCCAUCAUAUUUUUUUAACAGCAUUUUGCUUUUUACGUAACUUUAACGAUGGUUAGCAUAGAACAUGUUUUUUUUCAUAGUAACCAAUUCGCUUUUUGGGACUCUUCAGUAAACAAUAUUUUUAUUAAAUGAUGCACCACACACUAUACAGUUAGAGACUUGCCAUAACAAGUCUCUAACUACGGUCUUUGAUUAGGAUUGGACUGAAAUACGUAAUUUUUCUAUUAUCAAAGGGAUGCUUAGGAAACAAAAAAACAUGUUUAUUCUGAUUCUUCUGUUUGUAGUUUUCAUGAGCUAUUCUCCGUUUUUUCUUAAUCUAGAAUAGAUAUUUACAUUGCAUGUUUAAUGCUUUUCAGCACCGUUUUCUUUCAAAAUAUAUAAGAAAUAUAGAUACUUAUUUUUCCAUUAAAAGAAUGUUAUUUGAUUGAAUAUCUCAAUAAUCCGACGUUCUUUUGAGAAAAUAUGCUUCAUGUUUGCUUAUUACUGCGGCUAGGUUCAGAUGUUACAAAUAAAGAAAAAAUUUACGCCAAAUGUAGACCCUUUACCCAAAAGGGAAAAUUUUUGUUGUACCAAUGUUUGAGCAACACAAACUGGAACUUUUUAAAAGAUUCUAGUAGUCUCGGCGAGGUUAGGUUUAAUAUAUUUUUUAAUAUAAUUCUACAAGAAUUUGAUAAUUGUUUACCAGUCAAGCGUAAACAUUUUAAUAAAAAUCAAAAAUCAAUUUCCUGGUUUAACUAGCAUUUAAGUAAUUUAGUAAGGCCAUGUGGUCAAUUAUCGAUUCUUCUAGAAAUACUAAUCGUCAGGAAAGUCUAUCGAACCUAACACCUGAAGAGUUCAAUACAUAUUUUAAAGAAAUUCCAGCGAAAAUUACCAACAGAAUUAAUUCUACUUUUUCUGCAACAUUAAGCACGAGCUCAUUUAGUCGGAUUAAUAAUCCGGCUCCCCACUUAAAAUUUUUUUUGCACGAAGUAAGCAUGAUUGAGGUAAGAGACGCCAUUACGUCUUUAUCUAAUAGUAAAUGUCGAGACAUAUAUGAUCUUUCUGCAGAAAUUGUAAAAUGUCUAAGGGAUUUAAUUGUAUUACCACUAACAGUGUUAAUUAAUGAGUGUUUUAGGGAAGGGGCGUUCCCAAAGGCACUGAAACGGUCUAUUUUACCUUUGUUUAAAAAGGGUGACAAAGAGGAUGUUUCAAAUUAUAGGCCGAUUUCAAUACUUCCCAUUUUUUCAAAAAUUUUUGAAAAGAUCUUAAAAAAUCGCAUACUGAAUUAUUUUGAGGUCAAUAAUAUUUUUUAUUUGUUACUCAGUUGUAAACGUUGAUUAACAAGACAAAACGCAAACGGGUAAACGUCAUGUUUAAAC